AUGAAAAAUAAAAAAGUAAAUAAAUUAAAGGCAGAAAAAAUUGAUAAAGGUAAAAAAUGUAAAAAAAUUAAAGCGAUAGUAAACCCCCAUAAAAAUAAUCAUACAAUGAAAGAAAAAAAUGUAAAUGGGGAAAUUCAUAAUUUAACUGAUAACUUAAAAGAUAAUACAUAUCAAAGGACAAAUGAAAAUAUAAAUAGUGAAUUAGAUCAAAGUAUAUAUGAUGAAUCAAAUCGAAAUGUAUUUGAAGAAUUGAAUGAUAAAGUGAACAACUUUGUAUUUAAAAAGAAGAUAUAUGAAAAGAAUAUAGCACAACUAGAAGAAAAAAUUCAAGUAAAUGAAUUAAACAAACUGAUAAAAACUAAAGAAAUCAUUUUAGAUAUGCUUACAAUAAUUAAAAAUAGAAAAUUAAAUUUAUCUUAA